ACCCUGAAAAACCUAAGUCCGUUUUCUCCAUCGUAUUUGCCCCUUUUUUCUGUUCCCUCUCCCAAAUGCUCUACUUCGUCCUUUGCUUCUCGGCACACUACACACUUCGUGCCCAUCAAUCAGAAGAAGUAAAUUAAUAUAUUCACAAAGGAGAUGGUAAAGGUUUAUCGGAGCAGCUCAAUGGAGUGGAAUCCAUCCCCUGUUGUAGCCCUAGCCACUAGCGCGGACGGCUCCCAAGUGGCCGCCGCUCGUGGAGAUGGUUCGCUCGAGAUUUGGCUCGUCUCACCCGGCUCUGUUGGAUGGAACUGUCAGCUUACAAUUCAUGGGGACCCUAAUUCGAGAAUGUCGUCGUUGGUGUGGUGUCCAUCGGGGCCGAGAGGCUCGUCAUUUGGCCGGUUGAUAUCUUCUAGCAUUGAUGGAUCGGUUUCUGAGUGGGACCUUUAUGAUUUGAAACAAAAGACGGUUCUAGAUUCUAUUGGCGUCUCGAUAUGGCAGAUGGCUGCAGAACCAUGUAAUAAUUCACAGUUCAAUGUAAAGAAGAAAAUGAAGGUUUAUGAAAAUGGCCAUGCUAAUCCUAGACUUAAUGGUGGCGAGGAUGAUGAGAAUGGUGAUAGCGAACAAGACAAUGACGAUAAUGAUCAGGUUGAAAUUCAUGACGACCAUGGCACUGAAUAUACACGUCUAGCAGUUGCUUGUGAUGAUGGAUGUGUACGAAUAUACAACAUAUCUGACUCGGAAGAACUUACUUAUAAUAUAACAUUGCCAAGGGUUAAUGGACGAGCAUUAAGUGUAACCUGGAGUCCUGACGCAUGUAGGAUAUAUUCUGGGAGCAGUGAUGGGUUCAUAAGAUGCUGGGAUGCUAAACUGGCUCAUGAGAUUUAUAGAAUAACCGUUGGGCUUGGAGGUCUGGGUAGUGGACCUGAGAUUUGCGUUUUGUCAUUACUUGCACUUAGAUGUGGGACUCUCAUAAGCGCCGAUAGUUCUGGCAGUGUGCAGUUUUGGGAUAGUCAGUUUGGAACUCUGUUGCAGGCACAUUCUUGUCACAAGGGUGAUGUGAAUGCCCUUGCAGCAUCUCCUAGCCAUAAUAGAGUGUUCUCUGCUGGUUCAGAUGGUCAGGUAACUUACAUUUUGCAGUAAUUAUGUGCAUCAAAA